GGUGUCACAAAAGCAACGGAACUUCCCGAACGGACGCGAUUAUUUGACGUCAUACACCCGGAAAUAAGGUGGUUCACCGGUUGGCUACAGAAUGCGAAGAAAAUGUUCACAACAAAAGGAAUUUUCCGCACCUUGUCAAGAAAAAUAAGACGAAACGGUGACGGUAAUUGACAAACAAGUAUAAUGGGCCACAGAGGGAGAUCAGCACCUGUACGGCCUGCAUCUCAAGCAGCCUCUGGAACACCCAAAGAGCCCGUCAAAGCCCACACCAGGAAGCACAAUAUCUGCAUGGUGUCUGAUUUCUUUUACCCUAACAUGGGAGGAGUGGAGAGUCAUAUUUACCUCCUUUCUCAGCGUCUUAUUGAGAAGGGACACAAAGUGGUGAUUGUCACCCAUGCCUACGGCCACAGGAAGGGCAUCCGCUACCUAACCAACGGCCUUAAGGUCUACUACCUGCCUCUACAGGUGAUGUACAACCAGUCCACCACCACCACGUUCUUCCACAGCAUGCCGCUCCUGCGUUGCGUGUUUGUCAGGGAGCGAAUCACUGUUGUGCACUCGCACAGCUCGUUCUCCGCCAUGGCCCACGAUGCUUUGUUCCAUGCUAAGACCAUGGGCCUCAACACGGUGUUCACUGACCACUCGCUGUUCGGCUUUGCUGACGUGAGCUCCGUGCUGACCAAUAAGCUCCUAACGGUGUCGCUGUGCGACACAAACCACAUCGUUUGCGUCUCUUACACAAGCAAGGAGAACACAGUGCUGCGUGCCGCGCUUGAUCCGGAGAUUGUGUCCGUCAUUCCCAACGCGGUCGAGCACUGCGACUUCACGCCCGACCCGUCUCAGCGCUGCGACGACAGGAUCACCGUCGUCGUGAUCAGUCGACUCGUCUACCGCAAAGGCAUCGAUCUUCUCAGUGGAAUAAUUCCAGAGCUCUGCCUCAAACAUCCGGAUCUCCAUUUCCUCAUUGGUGGAGAGGGGCCGAAGAGACUUGUGUUGGAAGAAGUGAGAGAGAAAUACCAGUUACACGACAGGGUCCGACUAUUGGGGCCUCUGGAGCACAAAGAUGUCAGAGGAGUUCUAGUGCAAGGUCACAUCUUUCUAAAUACGUCACUCACUGAAGCUUUCUGCAUGGCCAUCGUGGAGGGAGCCAGUUGUGGGUUGCAGGUUGUUAGCACUCGCGUGGGCGGGAUACCUGAGGUGCUACCCGAGGACUUGAUCACGCUUUGUGAGCCGAGCGUACGCUCGCUGUGUGCCGGGCUGGAAACUGUAAUAGAGCGCCAGCGUUCCGGUGCCGUCCCUUCGCCGGCCUCCAUUCACGCACGGGUGCGGAACCUCUACACGUGGAGGAACGUAGCCGAAAGGACGGAAAAGGUGUAUGACAGAGUAUGUGGCGAGGAGGUGCUUCCGCUGGACCGCCGCCUUCGAAGGCUCAGGACUCACUGCGGCCCUGUGGCCGGCUCCAUCUUUGCCUUCGUGGCAGUUUUGGACUUCCUUUUCCUGUUGUUCCUUCAGUGGUGGCUGCCCGACUGGCUUGUGGACAAGGCUCCCGACGCCAGCGGCCCCCUCGCACUGUGGAAUCAAGAACACAGUCAGAGUAAAACGCGUGCGCCGUCGAAAAGAGUCGUCAAGUGAGCUUCGCCGCUCUUACUCUGCUCCUAACAACACUAGCGUGAGCCAAGUGAACUUAAACUUUGUCUACAUGGUGACAAAUGGUCAUUUUUUUUUAAACUUUUUUUUUUUCUUCUUCUUCACCUUGGGCAGGACUCAAUUCGCACUGAUUUCAAUAAGGAACUUAUUGGAUGAUUAGCUUUUUUGAUCAAUUGCACACUAAAGAUGAUUCAUUUUGGCAUUAACAGCUUUUUUUUAAUUCAUUUUUCAUCUUUUGUUAUAUUUAUACGAACCCAGGAAGAUGUUUGUUAGUUUUUUCUCCAUGACCUAGUAUACCUCACAAUGUGUUGCUUUUAUCAUAAUGAUCUUUAUUCUCCUUCCUCAGGACAGGUUUGUCUGGUAAAAGAUGAAACCCUCUCAGUGAAAGGUUAAAAGACAUAACAGGCUAUGAAAAUGCAGUGGUUUUUUUUACUUUUUCACUGCCACUGAUGGCAGUUGAAAAAUGAUCAUCCAGUAGUAAAUGAGUUAAGGUAGUGGUGCAAAUUUGAAUACCUUAAAACACUCCAUUCAUGCUUGGCUGAAAAAUGUAGGAAAAUAUGAACAAAAAGUUUUUAAAGUUUUAAAAUGCAGCUUAUCUGGAAGUGGUUCCACUGCAGAAAUUCUCGUGCCCGGCCCACAGACAAUGUCGGUUUGUAUACAGCACAGGUGUUAAGGCCCAAGUACACUGCAUGCGUGAUCGUUGCGGUUCCGGUCCGACUCCGGUAAAAAAAUAGCGCCGGAGCCAAUCCGUUCCCAUUAUAUCCUAUUGUUCAACGUAUACCGGCCGCGUCAGUGCUCCGGCUUGACUGCGAACCACCUCCGGCGUGCCGCAUGCCCGCCGGAUGGUAUAGGCUAUUUUCUAUUUUUGCCGGACACGCAUCCGGCAAAAUGGGCGGAGCUGGGCCUGGACGUAACAACCCAGGUGCCUAAUCACGGUUUAAACACGAGCGAAGAUGGAUGAUGAGCGCUUCAUCAUGGAGGUGGAAACCCACAAAAUCAUUUAUGAUGCAGCAGAUCCUUUCUAUAAGGACAAUUUUAAAAAGGAAGCUGCAAGGUGUCCUAUUAUGUGUGUUUUUCUGUCCUGAUCUCAUCAUGAUGCAGUCAUGUCGGUCUCUUAAUUCCAGAUUAACUAAAAUAUCAAUAUGCAAAGAAAAUAUGUGCUCUCUCUCUGCUUCUCUGAUGAGUAUAGACUCCGUGUGUUUUUCGUUGUUUUAAAUGGCACAUUAUCGCGCGCGAUCACGCGAGAGCUCACCGGGGGGACGAGGUUGGCGGACCGCAGCCGUGCAGCAGCCGGUAUGAUUUGCCUGUUUUUGACGGACUGCGUGGCACGCAGGCAACACUGAACUGGACCGGAACCGCAACGAUCACGCAUGCAGUGUACUUGGGCCUUUAAACUGAUUCCAGAAAGGGCCAAGUGGGUGCAGGUUUGCUUUCCAACCAAUGAAGAGGACACCUUUUCACCAAUUAGAUCUUUUACAUGUGUAAUCAGUUAAACUUUGUCAGGUGCUGCUUGUUUCAGCAGGAAGUUCAUUAGUUAAACUCUCUGCGCGUUAUCGGUUGGAACAAAAUCCAGCACCCACUUGGCCCUUUCUGGAAUCUGUUUGACACCUGUGGUAUACAGAGUCGAGGGGGAAAAGUACAAAAGAGAAUAAAGAGACACCCACAAGUUUCGACCUGGUGGUCUAUUCAAGACGUUUCUCUUUUUUCUUUCCUACAUUUUACUUGACUUUUCAUAGAAAAACCAUCAGUUUGCGCUAGGCACAGGAAUCUGCAGUGAUUAGACACCAAUUCCAAGUACGCAGUUUUUUAGUUCGUGUAGUAUAUAAUUCGCUAUCCAUUUUAUGAAUAUUACAGGUUAUUUAACAGUUGUGUAUAACAGCUCUAUGAGAUGUUACGUGUCAUAAAUUUUAAAUGUGCACAAAGAUUUAAGCCCACCGACACAACCAAGGGCAUAAUAGGCCCCGCCUCCAUAGCCCCCACACACGGAGCCCUGAUCUCAACAUGAUGCAGUCAAUCUGGAAUUAAGAGACAACUAAAAUAUCAAUAUGCAAAGAAAAAUGUGCUCUCUCUCUGCUUUUCUGAUGAGUAAAGACUGUGCGUUUGUCAUUGUUUUAAAUGACACAUUACCACGCGCGAUCACGCGAGAGCUUGGGGGGGGCACAGUUUUUGACGUACUGCGUGGCACGCAGUCAACACUGAACCGGACCGGAACCGCAACGAUCAUGCAUCUGGUGUAUAUGGGCCCUUAGAAAAAACAAGGCAGCAAUAACUAAAAAAAUGUGUGGAAGACAUUGUGUUAUGUUACCUUAUAGGUUAUUCAAGGCUCAACAUAGUUCUUGGAUUUUAACAACUAUUUACUUGGACAACAAGUCUUCAGCCUGCCAGAAUAAUGAUGCCCAAACAAUCCUGUCCGAACUGAACAAAUAAAACAUACAUACUUACAUUAGCUUAUGAAAAUAUAAAUAUUUGACCAACCAAAUUCACAUAAAACAACAAACUGUACCACCUUGGCGGCAUAGACUCCAAGGGAAUAAAGAUGAGGAUUCACAGCUUUUACAACUUUGCUUCCACGUCCAGCACUUGAGUUGCCAUCACUUUACAAACAUAGUGUGUGGGGGUAAACUUAUUCCCUCGGGGUAACGCGAACAUGGGCAAUUUUAAUAAUUUAUUACCCCUUAACAUCUAUGCUUUAAUCAAAUUAAAGAAAUAUAUUAAUAUUAAUAAACUUAUAGA